CCGUUAUAAAAGCGUCAUGCUCUCGCCGGCUGCGAUCGUGGCGGUGGUACAGCAGCGGUGGUGGAUGUAGAAGACGCCUGUUCUGCUGCUGUCGCUCUCCAGCUCGACAGUCCACAUACGCUUCGGCAGCCAAGAGUUGGGAAGCCGCAACGACGCUGUCAACAGUGUCACUCGCGUUUACUCGUGCUUUUAUUGAAUGAACUUCUACGCCCAACCGCCAGAGUCGCGACAGCAUGACGCUCCGGUUUUCUGACGUCAUUUGUUUCCACAUCGUGACUACUUUCGAUGCGCGGGCGGAAUAAGACGCUAAUCACACGAGCCCAAGUCCUUCUCGGAGUGCGCACUGAUACCAAGGUUUACUGAUACAGAGCUGCCCGCCACGGAUUGGGAGCUGCUGCAUCCCGCCUUUAUUGCAAACCGCGCAGCCAAGACUUGGCUCGCUCGGAGUCAGUAGCGAUGUCGACGAGCAAGUUUCGCCUGGCGCUUCUGCAGCUUGCGGUGACAGCCAACAAGACGGAAAACCUCCAAAGAGCAAGUAAGCUGAUAAGAGAGGCGGCUUCGGCGGGAGCCAAGGUACUCUGCCUCCCGGAAUGUUUCAAUUUCCCCUACGAGCCCAAGUCCUUCUCGGAGUACGCAGAGACGAUUCCCGGACGAUCGAGCGAGAUGUUGUCGAGAUGCGCCCAAGAAAACGGGGUCUACCUCGUCGGAGGUACGCUGUCCGAGAAGGAGAACGGCAAGCUCUACAACACCUGCCUGGUCUACGGACCGGACGGUUCGAUGCUGGCCAAGCACCGCAAGGUUCAUCUCGGUGGCUUUAACAUUCCCGGCAAGCUCGUCUUCAGCGAGUCGGACUUCUUGACAGCGGGCAACGGGCUGACCACCUUCGACACUCCGUUCUGCAAAGUGGGGGUCGGCGUGUGCUACGAUAUCGCGUUCCCUUCCUUCUCUCAGCUGUACGCGCAGCUCGGCUGCAAGUUGCUCUUGUAUCCAGGGGCGUUCAACUUGGUCACCGGUCCGCAAUACUGGAAGUUGCUUCCUAAGUGCAGGGCGUUGGAGAAUCAGGUUUACUUCGCUUGGGUGUCACCUGCGAGAAACCAGGCAGCGUCGUGCGUGAUCUGGGGACAUUCGAUCCUGGCGGAUCCUUCCGGCGCGGUGGUCUGUUCGGCCGGGGCUGGCGAAGAACUGCUGCUUGCUGAGGUCGACUUGGAUCACCUGGCCACUGUGAGAAGCCAGAUGCCCAUCGAGGAGCACAUGAGAAACGAUCUGUACAAAGUGGUAGUUUGUACGGACGGAGAAGCAAAGUCUCUCUGAAGACUGAUCAAUGGCGUCGGCGAGUCGGUGACCUCACGCUUAUCAGCUUUGCCAGGAAAAAGCCCCGAUAACACUGAUAACCGUCGCUCCUGCGCUCUGCGGGCUAUUUCGAGCGCUGUCCACGCGGAAAAGUCGUAUACAAUAAAAGAUGCACUGAA